AUGACGAGACGACUGGAGAUUAUUGUCAUGUGCGCGGCCCUACUGGUGGCCGCCGCCGGUCUUGCCUCGUCAACCGAACAAUCCUUCGCCGUCGAACCAGACGAUCGGAGUGCGGUGGUGGACUCGACGGUCUCGCUGCCGUGUAAGGUCAACGAUCUGGCCGGAAAGCUCCAAUGGACCAAGGACGAUUUCGCGCUGGGUACCAACAGGAACCUGUCGUACCACGGUUACCCUAGAUACGCGAUGACCGGCAGCGACGCGAUCGGCGAAUACAACUUGAAACUGAAUCCCGUGACUCUGGACGACGACGGCGUGUACCAGUGCCAGGUGGGCACGGGAAAGCGAGGCGAUCCUGCCAUCAGGUCGAGGAAAGCGACGCUGACCGUCCUGGUGCCGCCGAACCGUCCGCGGAUCACGCCGCAGGGCGAUACGAUCUACCUCACGGAAAACUCGCCCAUCGACCUGGAGUGCAUAUCCGAGGGCGGAAAACCCCACGCAGAGAUCACAUGGACCGACGGCAAUGGCAAAGUGAUCGAGGAUGGCACUGAGAUGUCCGUCGAGGCCAUGGCGGCCGAGAGCAAACGGUUUACAACCAAAUCCGUUCUGAGAUUCAUACCGAAAAUGGAACACCACAACACGUCGAUAUCGUGUCUGGCGCACAACUCGGCUGUUGACAAAAAGUUGCAGACGAAAAUCCAUUUGAACGUCAAAUUCGCUCCAAAGAUAACGCUGACCAUUGCCGGGCCCGCGAGGAAGCUGGUCGAAGGGUCAGACGUGCAGUUCCUGUGCCUGACGAAAGCCAACCCACCGGAAGUGAGCUACCGGUGGUUCGUCAACGAUCAGUACGCGCCGAGCGAAGUCACGUCCGAACUGUGGCUGUUCAACAUAUCCAGGAGGCUGCACAAUUCGUUGGUCAGGUGCGAGGCGCAAAAUUCAGUGGAGAAAACAGAGGAAUCCAAAGCGUUGAGCAUAUUGUAUAAACCUCAGUUCAAAAAUCGACCGAAAAACGUCCAAGCGGAUAAUGGAAGUUAUGUGACCAUCAUGUGUGACGUGGACAGCAAUCCGCCACCGACCAUCGAGUGGACGUUCGAGAAAACAAAAAGAGUGGUGAGCGUGACCGGCAAUUUGACGGUGCAGGUGACGAAUCUAACCGUCGGUCGAUAUCACUGCAAGGCCACUACGUCAAGGUUUGGCGAUGUGAACGCCGAGGCUACCGUGUCCAUGAGGGGCAAGCCGGUCAUCAACAGCCCUCAUAUCCAGUACGGGCCUCUGUCCGAAACUGUCCGACUGGAGUGCAUCGCCAUAUCCUCGCCAGUCGCCGACCGGAUACUUUGGACUUACCACGGUGUUAAUAUUGGCAGUAAAAAGGAUCAGAACUAUUAUGCGGUACUGGAAGACCCGAUCGAUGACGGUGUGAAGAGCACGCUGAUCAUCAGGAAAUCUGUACAAGAACAUUUCGGAACCUAUAACUGUACGGCACACAACGAAUACGGAUCCGACACGAUGAUGAUCGUGCUGGUGCCACAAAAAGACUUUAUGCUGAUCUUAGCAAUCAUUGGUGCCGUGGGUGGAAUCAUCGUCAUGAUUUUGAUUAUCUCUGUCAUCGGAUUUUGUCGACGUACGACGUCUCAGAAAAAUAAGAAAGCCAAAUCCGAUUUCAACGGAGAGUCGGAGGUGGACAACAAGCAGAACGCCGCGGCCAGGGAAUCUGACGCGUCAUCCAACGUGUCGGACAUCAAAAUGGAGACGGGCACCGGGUCGUCGUUGAGCAAUUACCGGUACAAAAUCGACUACGGAGCGGACUCGUUGACGGUUACCACUACCGCGACCGCGGUCGACGACCAGCACCCGCGGUCCGCUACCCCGAAGAGCGGCGGCGGCAGUCAGACGACCCUGCCCGGCGGCGGAGGCGGCAUUCCCCUGGCCGGCCCGGUUCCAGUCGACCCCCGGUACGCCACGGCCGCCGGUUAUCUGGGGCACAUGCACCCCCACAACGCCAUGCACCACCCUCUGGCCAAUGGCACCGUCAUCGCUGACUACGCGGACCCGCUCAACUACGUCAGAUACACCAACAACCAUCUCGCCGACCGGCCGACCAGCAGCAACAACGGCUACAUAGCGGCCGACCGGCUGUACGACCAAAUGCCUCCGCCGCAGACGGUCAUCGCUCUGUCCUCGUCGUCGUCCUCGUCGCCAUCGCCCAAGCUGUCUUUGGACGCGACCGCCAGGCCGUCCACCGGCGGCGACCCGGCCACGCUGCUCCAGUACUCGGCCACGUACGGCAACCCUUACCUGAGGCCCGCGUCUGCGCAGUGGCCGGCCCAACCGCCGCGGCCGCUGCAGAAGUACGACGCGUACGGCCGGCCCGAACCGCCGCCGUACAGCGCGGUCGGCAAGGGCAAGCGGAAAACCGCCGCCGCCGGUCACGGUCCGUCCGCCGCCGCCGUGCCCGUCGGGCCCAACUAUCACAUCGGCGUGGCCAAGCGGCAGACGCUGGCCACGCACGUCUGA